AUGGAACCAGAGCCGUCCACUUCCGCUCUCCUCAAGGCUAUCACAGCCCUCACCGCCACAGUCGGGUCCUUGCAGGCCCAAAUCACUUCUCAAGGCCAACAGCUCAUCGAGCUCAAAGCCAUAUGCAAGGAAACCGCGGACCUCCUUGGGGACAAAGAUCAGGGAGCCCCCCAAGCCCAGCCUGGCCCAUCGACUGGGCCUGUCACUCCUCCCACCCACUCGGGAGGAGAAGCCCACACUCCAGGCACGGUUAGGCCUGGACUCAAGGCCCCUUUCCGGCCUUCAAGGGGAACAGGUUUCGAUUCGGAGGACAAGGAAGAACCAAGGCAACCUAAAAAGGAGCCUCAAGGAACGCCUGCAAGGCAUUUAGGGUCCCUCACCCCCUUUGAUGCGGGGUCUAGUGUAAAGCGGCCCAAGAUGGACCUACCAGACCCAUACAAGGGAGAUACCAGGGGACGAAAGGCCACCCAAUGGCUUGACAGAAUGAUGCUCUGGGUCGCCCUCCACCGCAACCAAUUCGACGAAGAAGAACAGAUGGUCGUCUGGAUCCUCUACCACAUGGAGGACAAAGCAGCAGACUGGGCGCUCCCCAUCAUUGGAGCUAUCAUUAAGGGUGAGGGGAAUCCCCCCACCACCAUCCAGGCCUUGACAGGCAAAUUCAAGGAGGCCUUUGCCGACCCCGACGCCAAGCGGGCUGCCGCCAGGAAGAUUGCGGCGCUCUCCCAAACUACCACCACCUCCGAAUACGUCACGGAGUUCCGUAAUCUUAUGGCGGAACUCGACUGGAACGAGGAGGCCUACAUCGCGCAAUUCACGCGGGGCCUCCACUGGAAGGUUAAGGAACUGCUGUCAACCAAGGACAGCGUCCCUGACGAACUCGAGGCAAUUUUCGCGGCCUCAAUAAAGAUUGACAACAUCCGCCGCGAAAAUGAGGAGAAUUGGCCAAAAAAGGCUCCCGCCAAGUCCCCGGCCACCGCGGCCACUACUUCCACUACAACCACUCAACGGGUCCGCCUCUCAGAGGACCCUAAUUACAUCACACCGGAAGAAAGGGACCGUCGCCGCGCAUCUGGCCUCUGUGUCAAGUGCGGCCAAAAGGGGCAUGGUAUCAAACAGUGUCCCAACGGCUGGAAGGCUACCGUCAAGGAGGUAGCUAAGGUGGCAGAAGAGGAAGGGUCGGGAAAAGACUAA